AUGGCCGAAGACGAGGAGAGAUCGCCACUGCUGGCGCCCAAGGGAAAGGGAAGAGCGGGAGAUGACUCUUCGCUGUCCGAGUCAGCACCUCUGCUGUCCAGCUCGUCUGCGACUCCCCGAUACGAUGGCGAGCAAGACGACCCCGAGACCUCUCGUGCGCCCUCCCUCGCCUCGAAUCCCCCAAAGGCUAAGGGCUCUUCUAUUCGAUGGGCAUCUCUCAUCUCAAUAUCGGUGCUGAUACUGUUGGUCAUCGGCAUCAUGGCUGGCUGCUUCUUUGUGCCCUCGGCUGUCCAGGAGUACGCCAAGCAGGCCGCGGUCGUCGAGCCGACAAACUUGGCCCUGGAAUCCAUUACAACCGACGGGGUGCGAGCCCGUGUACAAGCGAACUUCAGACUCGACGGCUCUCGAGUGCAAGACACAACAUCUCGGAGGAUCGGAAAAAUUACAACAUGGAUUGUGAGGCAGUUGGGAACGGAAAAGACCAAGGUCGGCGUCUAUUUGCCGGAGUUCGACGGCGCACUGCUUGGCACCGCUGUGGUGCCGCCACUCACCGUCAGUAUCGUCGAUGGCCAGACCACUGCGAUUGACUUCAUCGCUGAACUGUCGCCCGGCGACGCUGAAGCAUAUCGAAAGAUUGCCAACGAAUGGCUGGACGGGAAGCUCGACCAGCUAAAAGUACUUGGAAAGGCCGAGAUCCCACUCCGGUCAGGAAUCUUCCCGCUGGGCACCCACCCAGUCAGCGAGGUUUUGGUUUUUGAAGCGAACCAAAUCCCAACGCUGCCGCAGUACAACAUCUCGCGUCUCAACUUCCGAGAUGUUCCAGACCGGGAAGGGCAGCGAACAGCAGUUGGCGCCGACGUAACCAUCACGGCAUAUAACGAGUUCCCAGUCAGUCUCGACGUACCCGAACUUGGGUUUGAGGUUCUUGUCCCCAACUGUAAUUCUUUCGACCCAUACAUCCUUCUCGCGGACGCCACCACCAAGCCUCUCGCUAUCAAGCCGCGGAGCGAUGUCACUGUCAACGUCUCUGGCAUCAUCCGAGAGCUGCCCAAAUCUUUGACUCGAAUCUGUCCCAACUCUAAGUCGUCACCCCUGGACAAAUUCCUGGAACAGUACAUGCACGGCGAGGCUGCUACCGUUUACGUCCGGGGCCGGAAAAUGCCCGACUCGGACACACCUGACUGGGUUGGCGAUAUCUUGUCUGAGAUCACCGUGCCUGUGCCCUUCCCGGGGCAGGGGUUUGACAAUCUUAUCAAGAGCUUCUCGCUCACUGACGUGAACUUUCAACUUCCCGACCCCAUGGCGGACCCGGAUGACCCGGAUGGAGCUCCCAAGGUCUCCGGUACGGUUGAGGUACUCGCCAGCCUGCCGAAGGAGAUGAACUUUGAUAUCAAUGUCACGGACUUGCGGGCCACUGCAGACGUCAUGUAUCAGCACAAGAAGCUUGGCGAGCUCAACUUGGACAAGUGGCAACCCGCGAACUCGACCAAGGUGGACGGCACCGAGAAGCACGAUCCGCUCUUGAAGAUUAUGUCUCGAGUCGUCGAUGCCCCGCUCAACAUCACCGACGGCGAUGUGUUGACGGACGUGAUGCAGAAACUCAUCUUCGGCGGCAAGGAGGUCUUGUUGGACGUCAAGGCCAGUGUUGACAUCCGCGUCAACACGGCUCUUGGGAACUUGGUUCUGAAGGAUGUCCCUGCAGAGGGCAAAAUCCCAGUAAAACCUCUGCCUGGCGAAACCAUGGGCAACAUACAUCCGCAAGUCGGAGAUGUCAAGAUCAUCAGCACCUCCUCCUCGUCGAUGACGAUCGAGGCGUCAGUCAACAUCACGAACCCCACGCCGUACACGGCUGUCGUUCCGUACGUCAAUAUCCACAUUGUUAGGGAUGGCUUCGUACUCGGGAGUGCGACCGCAGAAAACAUGAAGGUUGUCAAAGGCGAGAACACCAACUUGAUUGUCAAGGCGACAUGGGAUCCCGCGGUAGAGGGCGAGGCCAGUCGGAAGGCUGCCAGCGACAUGAUAUCAGAGUAUUUGUCGGGUCGCAACAUCACCAUAGAUGUGAAGACUCAUCGUGGAACCAUUCCGGCUGCCCCAUUGAUCGGCGAGGGCCUUUCCAAGCUCAACAUCAGCAUUGCCGCUCCCAAACUGGAGCUUCCCGGAGAAGGAGAAAAAAAGGGGCACUUCAUCAGAGACGCGACUUUCCAUUUGUUGUCUUCCACAGCGACGUUCACGCUGGUGUCCCCCCUGCGAUAUAACACCAUCUAUGUCGAUUGGAUUAACGCCACAGCGUUAUACAACCACACAGAGUCAGUUGGGCGCAUUGUCUACGGCCUACCUUUUGCGGCGCCUCCGGGAACGUCUACCACGCCUAAGCUGCCCGUGGACUGGUCCAUGGGGUCUGUGGGCUAUGACGCUGUGAAAAGGGCGCUUGGGGGGGCCCUGAAACUUGACGCAAUCGCGAAUGUAACAGUCAGGAUUGGCAACUGGAAGGAAACGGUCUGGUAUGAGGGCCAGGGAAUUGGGGCCAGUAUUCGCUUGUAG